UGUAGUUUAGUAGCCCUUUACUGCAGGUGAGGAGCAGCUGUGAUAAGAAUCUCCAUCAACAUCGUCUCCAUAGGGACACUGAGUCAUCAUGAGGACCAGUCACAUCCUUCUUCUCUGCAUCCUGGGAGCUGCACUGCUUACCACGGUGUUCUGCAACAAUGCAAAUGGUCCUGAGGAGUGCUGCUUCAAAUUCUACCCGAGAAGAGUGAACAAAAAAUUAAUCUCAUCAUACAAUAUGAAUGAUUACCGCUGCCCGAGGACUGGAGUCAUUUUGAUGACCAAAAAAGGACGUCACAUCUGUGCAGAUCCCAAUCUCUCCUGGGUUCAAGGCAUCAUGAAAACUCUGGAUGAAGCCCUCCUGUAAAGCAGCCCCCCCUCACCCCGUCUCACUCCUCUGCAGAGUUACUUAUUUGAGGUUAUUUGAUGCUUUGUUUUUUUGUUGCAAAUCACAUAUUGUGAUUUUUUAAAAUUUUCCUCACAAUAUAGUAAUGCUUUUGGUAUUAAUGUCCAAAUCUGCUGUAAGUAAUGACAUAUUUUGCUUUCAAAUUGAGUCAUUUUGAGCCUGAAUUGGCCAAUCUAUCUGUUUUUGUAAUAUCUUUUAAAUGCUUUGUAUUACCCACAAUAUCAUAUAAACCUCAUAAAUACAUUAAAUCAUUUAGAAACUUUCA